CCAGUUUAUCAAUUGAAGAUAGCCUUGAUUAUGACAUCAUGAAGAAGACUGUGUUGCAGGCAUAUGAGCUUGUCCCAGAAGCCUAUCGUCAAAAAUUUAGGAAGUGUGAAAAAACUGCCAAUCAGACGUUUGUGGAGUUUGCCCGUGAAAAGAGUCGCUUGUUUGAAAGAUGGUUGCAGGCCAGUAAAGUGAAGGAUCUUGAGGGGCUGAAGGAACUUCUUUUGUUAGAAGAAUUUAAAAAAUGUUUGCCGGACCAAGUAGUCAUUUAUCUGAAUGAGCAAAAGGUGACGUCACUUGCCAAAGCUGCAGUGAUGGCUGAUGAGUUUACUCUCACUCACAAAACUAUAUUUUCAGCCGCUGUCGCACAUAAUAUCAGGGUGGGACAGGAGAGGAAAAUAAAGUCACCAAAGGUAGGAUGGAAGGAUAGACAGGAGGAUGGUGGAAAUCGCGACUGUUUUUAUUGUCGCGAACCCGGACAUCUGAUCGCUGUCUGUCCCGCUCUCCGGAGGAAAGAGCAGCGCAAAGGCUCUAAAAAUCCAGCUGGCGUAGGUCUUAUUAAAGUUGUGCCUUCGCCCGAAAUGCAUUCCACCCGUGAUUUGCACCAUACGGAUGCUGAAAUAGAGCCGCGUUUUAAACCAUUUAUCACCAAAGGCUUUGUUUCUGUGACGGGAGAAGAGAAGGAUGAGGUGCCUGUUACUAUUCUUCGGGACACAGGUAAUAUCUGGUUAUGUUAAUUCAGCUGUGCCGGGGCUCUGCUCCGAUUGGUGCGUGGAUACACCGGCCCGACGCGACUGGUUCCAGCUGGAGGAGCCGCCCAUUAAAAGGAGGCUGGAGCGCUACGGCUUGAGAGGUCCUCGCGUCUCUCCUCAUUACCCAGCAGCGUAACUGUGGCAGCCGCUGGCUGCAGUGCGGCUUGAAAGUGUUGGAAGUGGAGUGGGUAGGGGUGAGCUGCCGUUUCUUUUGAUCACCCGUUUUUUCUCCUGUUUUGAAUUAGUUAAGGAGGUCAGACUCUGUCUUUAUUUUUGACUUUGUUUUGGUAAGGUCAGGGGUGUGGGAUUUAUGUAGAUUUGUUUUGUUUAUUAUUUUGGCCUUGGCUCACCCUGAAGUGUUGACACUCCCGUUCUGUUGUUCCUCUUUUAUUUAUCACCUUGUAAAUAAAUCACACUUUAAUGAACG